AUGCUCAAGCGAUCAGUAUUAUCCAAUAAUGAUGGAAGCCCUUGUAAAAAGAUGAAGCUGACAGCGGAUUUCAUAAUUGAAGACGAUGAGCAACUUGCCCGUCUUCGUUGCCUAGGAAUGGGAUUGGAUGCCAAGCAGCAAGGGGAUGACAAAGCCAAGUUGGCCGUGACAACCUCAGCAGCAUCAUCUCUUCUUCCAGCAAGUCGUGGCUCCAGACGUACUAAUCUGACAAGUCACGAGGAAAAGGAGCUUCGACGUGAGCGUGGCGAACUGCUUCUUAAAUUGUUCCGAGAAGUUCCUGGCCUAGCAGACAGCGCCUCAGCCAGACGAGCCGAAAAAAAUCAGGAAAGAGCAUUAAUAUGGGAUAAAAUAACUAACAAGGUGAACGAUCAAUUUGGAAAUAAAUUGGAAUAUUUGACAGUUGAUAAGGUCAAAAAGUUGUUGACUUAUUAUAAAAAAAAGGAUGAUGGGAGUUAUGAUAAUAUAAAACAGGUUGCGCUAAUGGAACAAGAGAACCUUAUGGAGGAAUUUUCUAUAACUGCCGACGAGCCAAUUACUCCUGAACGAGUAAAGACUGAAAUGGAUGCGCCGAGGGGAGGGGUAGCUCUGGUGGAAGAAGCAAUCGAUGGAAAUCAAAAACUUUUGGAUUUCCUGGCAACUGUUGCCAGCCAUUCUUCAUCAAGCCCUUUGAACAACACUUCGACAUCUGCUUCAUCUUCAUCUUCAAUGUCCUCAAACUCUGUAACAGCCAUGACAACAUCAGAGGAGCCUAAUGCUAUACCUAUGUCCACCAUUGUUGCCAAUGAUAGCUUAUACCAAUUGAAGAAGGAUCGACAUGAUUUUGUAGUGGGAAUGGCUGAACAUUAUAUGGAACGAAUGUGUUUUGAUAACUCCUCUAGAUCAGCUGCUGUAAAUGCUGAAAGACACAAUAUGUGGGUGAAAAUUACCCAAAGAGCGAAUGAUCGUUAUGCAACCAUUCUUGGCCCGUUAGGAGUUGAACAAGCUAAGAAAUUAUACUCCAAUUGCAAAAGGAGACGACGAGUAAAAGCUGAGAAUGGUAAAGUAAUAGAAGAAACUCCUUCAAUUAUAACUUCACGAGAAUCUAUAAGCGUUGAGCCAGAAGAAAUGAAUGACGUCUCUUCUAAUUCGGAUGAAGUCAACGAUUACGCAAGUGAACAGGGGAUUGUGAACUUUGACGAAUUACUACGAGGUUUGGAUCGAACUGUUGAAGUAGAUGAGUUACGACGACAAAUAAGGGAUAAAGAUGAAGAGAUCGAUCGUCUCAAAAAGAAAGUACAUGAGCAAGCCAUAGAAUACAGUGCUCGCAUAAAAGGAAUGGUUGAGCUGUUGAAAGUUGCAGUAGACAAGAAGGUUGCCGAUGACAUUAAAUCAUUUUUCUCGAACUGUGAUUUUGUUCGAAAAGAUCAAUAA